AGUAAUACACACUACACACAAUUAUUGUACAACUACAACCUGCCUGGUUAAACCACUGCCUCUAAGACUCUUAAGAUAUUAUUUAACAUUUGUCAGGAUGUUGAGGUAAAACACCAGUAUUUAUAAUGUUAAGUACAUUCACGUUUGUCUUUAAAUAAAGCUAAAUACCAAUGUCAUCUAUAUUGUGAUCCCAAUUUUAAAAAAAAUAACGUUAUAAAAUAAGUAAGCCUACCUGACUAAACGAAGUUGAUUAGAAGAAAGAAAACAAUUUGUAAAUAAAAUAUUUUUUAAUGAUAAUCAUUAAUAAUCACAAUUCUCUUACUUCUUGGAUAGUUAUAUAUUUUUUUAAAUUGAUAUCAAAUAAUGAAAAAAAUCGAUGAUCAUCAAUUCCCAUUGAUGAUUAAAGUCACAUAACAAGGGGAUUGAUGAGCAAUAAAUGAAUCUAAUGAUUAAUUUAUGAUAUGACAAUGACAUGAUUUUAUUAUGAUGAAUCAGGAUCUCAAAGGUAUAGUAACUAGUAGUUACUACUACUACUAGUAAUAGUAAUAUAGUUUAGUCCUAAAAUAUAAUCAAUUCAAUAAGUUAAGUAUAAUACUACUGUAACUGUAUAUAGUAUAAGUAUAUGAAUAUGGUAAAUAAAUAUAAAAAAAUAGGGCAGGGACAUUAUUUAUUUAAUUUAGUAUUUAGUCACUUGAAGUUGGAGUCAUUAUUAUUAAGUAUUAAAAAUUAAGUUAUAUUUAUAUUAUUAUCACUUUAUUACUAUUCAUCUAUUACUAUUACUAAUUACUAUUGCACUGUCAAUGAUUGAUUGAUUCUGAGUGAUAGUAAUUAGGGGUGUGCCGGACCCCGGUCCGGAAUCCGGUUCCGCCGGAUUUUGCACUAUCCGGUGAAAUCCGGUUCCGCCGGAUUUACAUGUAUCCGGAACAACCGGAUUCCGGAAUCCGGAAUAUACCGGAUUUCGGAAUUUGCCAGAUUUUGUGACUCACCGGAUCAUAAUCUGAAAUAAAAGUAAUUCUCUUUCCCGAAUUUCACACGAUCACGAUACAUUAAUCGAUUGUUUCGAGCGUUGAGCUUGUUUAAUGUUUAAUAUUCCGUACAUACCAGAGGCUAGAGUCAGCACCGCUAAUAGUGGCCAAUAGUGUAGGGACUUUGAUAAGAAAAUUUAAACUUUUUGUAAAAAUAAACCAAUGGCAUAGUUGAAAAGAUGUAAUUUUUUAAAGAAUUAUAACACCAAAAUCAUAUUUUUAGCUGUUGUAGUUUUAAAGUUAUGAAUUUUUAAAGUACGACUUGGUUUGUCAUUUUUUAACAUGGACUGCAUCUCCACAUUCUGUGAUCUCAUUCCACCAAUCCCGUCAUGCGCAAUGACUAUAUAGUUUAUAUAAGGCAACGCAUUCCCUGCCUUAUCACUAAAAUACUGUUUAGACUUAGUUUAAACUUUCAACUUUGGCACAUGAAUAAUUAAUUAAAGCUUUCCCUGACCAAUGGUUUAAUAGUUUUUGCACACGGCAAACUCUUAUGAAUGAAACUCUGAGGUAGUACUACGAUACAGUUAUGCAAGUGGCUGUGAAUGGUUGCCAAUGACAACGUGUUGCACACGGUAAAUUCUGAUCAUUUAUAAUAUGGAUUCUACCGGGUUGUUAAAGCUCAAAUUAAAACAUUCCAGUUUAAAUGUCUUUAAAUGCAUUCUGAAACACAAGUUAUCAAUUAUUUUGAUGUAAAUAGUGAUAAUAAAUUAAUAUUUCCUAAGUAUCGUCAACUUCCGCCAUUAAAAAGGGGGGCGUGGCCAACCCCAUGGCGAAAUUAGGUUGAGCGAGCUGCAUAACCUGCUGCGAACGCGUAGAAACAUGGCGUCUCUCGUAAGACACUUAUCCAAAUGGAACGGAACUCAAAUAUAUAUCGAAAGUACUAAUUUAAUAAUAAAUAGACACACACAUCGGAAAAUUAAAAACUCGGAUUUUUUGGCGCCGAUUGCGAAUUCCCAUACACAAAAAGUAGUAGUCCACCUUGACUUACCGAAGUAUCUACCAAUAGUACCAAAAUCCGGAAUCCGGGAGAAACCGGUAUCCGGAUCCGGCGGAUUUCGCAUAAGAAAAUCCGGAUCCGGAUCCGGUUGGAAAAAACGGAUCCGGCACACCCCUAAUAGUAAUCCUGGAUAGAAACAUUAUUAAAUUAAGUCUAACAAAUUAACUAAGAAUCAUAACCAGGACCAGGUAAUCAUAAUCAUUACUUGGCCUAAGCCUUAUACUUAUAUUAAUGACUACUAAUUAGUUAAAUAAGCUAUACUAUUACUACCAUUAUUAGGCCUAUUAAUUAGUCCUAUUGAUAAUAUUAAUAUUAACUUUUUUUUUCUCUUUAAGUGUUAGCCCAAUCAAGGCCAGUGUCAAUACCGGCUAUUGUCACACAAAAUUAUAACAUAAAUUUUAAAUUGAUGAUAAAUAUAACAGUAAAGUCACAACACAGUCAAAUUAUAGAAUUUUAAUUACUAUUUCAUUUCCAUUGAGUGUUGCAUUGAUUCUAAUCUCUCAUUCUUUGUGUCUGUACUCUGCAAUGACAAUGGAAAGUCAGUGUGCCAACAUUUUGAAAAUAGAAAUAAAAACUUAAAAAGGGUAAUUAAUUAGACAAUGUGUGCUACUCUAAAGUAAUUAAAAUAGUUACAACACAAUUAACAUGCUAAUGAGACUUUGUCUAUAUGGAGUUAUUUUAAUUAUUUAUUCAUUGUGGCUUAGUGUAGCGUUAGUGUUUGAAGUUUUAGUGUCAGAGAACAAAUUACUUAAAUUGCAAACUAGCAGAUAUAAUUCUUUGGUCAAAGUAUUCAUAGCUCUACAGCUACAUGUUAAAAUAUUUAAUCAUGCACUCUACUAACAGGAUAAGUAGUAUGGAACAUAUUGUAUACUUAUUUUUAAUCUUGAACUUGAAAUGCUUAAUUACAUUUACUUAUGGAGUUUUAGUUUUAUAAUAAAAAUAAUUGGAACAUAAAUUUAAAAUAAUAAUUAUGUGAAAGUUAACAAAUUCAAUUCAGAAAACUUGUAUAUUCUAAAUCUAUAUUACUCUGAUGACGAUGUUAAAAAUAUUUAACAUGUUAUAAUAAACUGGGAACAUUUAUUUAUUUGUUAGUAAUGUGGCUAUCUUAAUAGUACAUAUUACAUAUUUAGAUAUGGUAUAUACAAUUACUUAGCUGUACCAGUUGUCUUAUAGUGCAACAUUCCUAGAAAUCGUGCCAACUAUGUUGCAACUUCAAAUUUGGCACACAUUAUUUAACUAAAUAAUGCCUUCUAAAUAUUUUUAAAUUAUUCACAAGCCUGAAAACGUUUUAAAAUAUUUAAAAUAUCUAACAGCUUUUGUUUUACACUUAAUUUCAUACAAGAAAAAAAGCACUUAAAUUUUUAAAUGUUUUAAUUUUCAAGGAAUUUUUAAAGGACCGUAUGAGUUAAUUAUGGAUCAGGAUGCAGUAGAACUGUCUACAAGUGCCAUAAAAGGAACAACUGAAGCCCUUAUUGUAGCGGAACGGGGCCGUCUUAGCUCACCAAGUAACAGCUCUAAAGGUUCACAGAGUGCUGGGUCACCAACAAAAUCCUUGUGUUCAUCUGCUUCUACAUCAUCAGAAAAUAUGCAACCUUUUGAAACUAAAGUAAGUUAAUUUUAUAUUAGUGAUGCCAGAGAAUUUAAGUUUACAUUAAUACAUUAAUAUUGACACUUUGCUGGUCAUCAUGAAUUUCAGGAUUUUAUCUAUUUAUUAUCGGGGUGCUGGGUGGCUGAGUUGUUCAAACUGAGGAAAUCCCAAGUUUGUGGACUGGAGCUCAAUCCCCAGGAAGAGCCUAGACAAGCAAAAAGCAACAGCAUCCAGGAGGGAUUGGACCCAAUAAUCUUGGAUGGCAACUCAUGUAAGAGAAGGCAAACUCUACGACUUUGACUCAAUGAAAAUUCAGACAGCUCCUGCGAUGUAGAACACAUAUCAGCACAGUGAGACACAAGAAACACUGCUGGUCAUCCACUGCAUCCUGGUCUAUUUCCAGUCGUCUUGACUAAGUCUUGCCAUUGGAAUAAAUAGGCAAGGACGAGAGAGUGAGGCUGAAGUAUUGAGCAACACUCCGUCACUUAAAACAAAAUACAGCUCAAGUCAAGGCUACUACUCAAGUCGAAGCCUUGGUCAUUUAUGCACGCAAAGGAUGAAAAAUAAUAUUAAACAUAAUAAUAAUGUAUCUAUUAUUCAGGUUAACUUCCAAGGAUAAGUGAAGGAAGCUUCCAGUAUUUAUGUUCAAACAAAAUUAUUAUUUCAUCUUUCUUGCAGACAUUGAGAGAGGCUGCAAAGCCAACUCCUAAUGAGGAAUGUCCUCUUCUGGAAGGGGAAAGUAAUAAGGGGAAAGGUAACUUUACUAUAAUUAUUAGAAACUGUUAAUAUUUUUGAAUGGCUCAUUUAUUUCUCUUUGGUUGUUAUUGCAAAGAAUUCUGGUCUGUACUUUAAAAGCUCUAACAAACACAAUUUGGUGAUUUUCAGGAAUUUUACCACAUAUUCCUCACACACUUGGAAUGGAAAUUAAACAUCAAGAAGCUUUAUUUGCCUCCUAUUUACUUUAUUUAUCUUUUGAUUUAAAAGAAUGAAUUCCAAAGCCCUUUAAUUAUAAGAAAGAAUCUUUAAAAAUUAAAAAUUUUUUUUUACAUAUGUCUAUGCUGUGAAGUCACAAAAAUAAGGAUCUCUUUUAUUGUUAUUUCAGCCCUGGAUGUUACUUAUCUGUGCCCUUACAGUGGACCCAUUAGAGGAGUACUCUCACUGACGAACUACAAGCUUUUCUUCAAAAGUAUCGAAAGGGUGAGAGCAUAAAAGUUAUUCAAUAAUUAAGAAUUAAGCUUAAAUUUAAAAAAAAAUUUAAUGAAUAAGUAACGUGAAUGGACCUAUUUUUUUUACUGAUGAAAUAUUUUUGGUGCUCUCUUUUUUUAUAUUUUUAUUUGGAUAUAUGUCAUAGAAACAUAGAUUUAGUCAUACUCUUCAUGUUACCAGUAUCAUUUAGUCAUACUGGUACUCCUCUUGUUACCAGUACAGACCUGUUUACUCUUACGAUUUUGGCGUACAAUGUACGAUUUUGAGGUGUAUACAUUAUAUAUGCAGCACGUCUUUGCUCUAUAAAGAGAAUGUAUUGAACGAUUAUAUGAUGAUAUUGUACGAUUUUAAGGGUUUGAGGGUAAACAGGUCUGCCAGUAGCAUUUUGUCAUACUGUUCUUUGUACCAGUAUCAUUUAGUCAUACUCCUCUUUUUACCAGUAUCAUUAAGUUGUAAUCCUCUUGUUACUGGUAAACUGCCUUUUUUUAAAUGAACAUAAAAUUAUAAUAAAACAUUUCUGAUUGCUAUGAUGGGUUUUUAUUACAAAAAUUCCAUUUAUUUUUAAAAAGGAACCUCCGUUCAUUCUUGAUGUACCACUGGGGGUUGCCAGCCAAGUUGAAAAAAUUGGAGGUGCUUCAAGUAGGGGUGUUAAUUCCUACGGCAUUGACAUUAUUUGCAAAGUAAGAAUAAUUAAGUUUAAAAAAAAUUCUCCUUCAUUAUCAUAUAAACUCAAUUAAUAUAUAUUAAAUAUUUCAACUUGAAGUAAGUGAGAAGGAAAUAUAUUGAGCUUAUAUUAAUUAAAGUUUUAAAAUUAUAUAUGUCAUUUGUUUUAUAUAAAAGACGAGAGGAGUUUUUUUAAGCGCAUACAAUUUUUUAUUCUUAAUUUUUAAUUGUUAAUUAUUGUUAUGUGAUUUUUUUUUGCGGGUCGCUGGUUUUGUUGGGACCCACUGUACCAUAAAGUUUAAAUUAUCUAAUGAUAUGUUUUCUUGUGUGUAAAUAAUUUUAAUCUGGUAAAAUGAUAAUAACCUGUAAUUCAAUACUUUGUAGUGGUGAAAUUUGAAGAAAAAAAAAAUUUAAUUUCCUCCUUUAGACACAUUUGACAAAAUCUUUUAUAUUAUGGUCACAUGUUCAAAAAAAAAAAAUCCUGAUUCCUUCAUGUGACAUACAAAAAUGAAUUUGUUUCUGAAUAAAUCAAUUUUAUGGAAAAAAAAUCCAGUUAAUUUAUUAUUUUUUUCUUCUUUGCAUCUGAUAACCAAAACAAUUUAUUUCACAUUUUCAUAAACAAAUUAUGCAACAUUUUUCUCACAACUUUGAAGUGUUGAAUUUAUAUGUUUAGAAACAAACAUUUGUAGAAGCCUACAAAUUUAUAAAAAACAUCAACUUUAGACAUGGAUUCUAAAAGUUAUUGACUCUCAUUUAACCUCCAGUUACUAGAAAUCUGAAGGAAAAAAAAAUCAGUAAAGAGUAAAUGAGAAAUAUUGAUAAAGCUAAAUGUUUCAAAUGAUGUUUUUUCAAUCGAAUGUAAUCUGUAGCAUAUAUGUUAAAAUCAUAUCAAUUUUUACCUUUUAAAUAACAAAAAAAUCACUUUUCAACACGAAAUUUUGAGGGGAGAAAAACCUACCUGAAAGAAUAUAUUACCUAAUUAAAAAAAUUUCCUUAAAAAACUAGUACUUUUUCAUCAGGACAUGCGUAACUUACGGUUUGCUCACAAGCAAGAAAACCAUUCCCGGAGACAAGUCUUUGAAAAAAUACAUCAGUAUGCAUUCCCUCUAACAAAUAAGUUGGUAAGUGAUAUUUAAAAAAAUGUUUUUCUUUAAUUAUUUCUUGAAAUCUUUCUUUGUUAUAGUUGCCUUCACGCCCACCCACCUCACUACAUGGAAUCAACCAAAUACUCUCCUGCUAGUGGUCCUCAGUUUCUCUGUAUUUCUUUUCUUAUUUCUUAUAGUCUUUAUAUUUUAAAAAUAUUUUUUUGUCAGUUAAAUUAUUAAAUUCCACAUUAAUGAUACCUAAAUUCUUUUACUUCCUGUAAUCUUUUGGCUAACUACUAGUUACUAGUAUAGAUGUUUCCGUUUUGGACAACCUAACUUCCAUCAAUAAUAUGGCACUUCCGCCUCUAUCAUUAUUCUACAACACAGCGAACUAUAGACACUCAAGUUUUUACUAAUUUCUAUUUCUUUGUUUUUUCUUGUUUUGUCUGCCAAAGAAGGCUUUUGGCACCAAAAAAAAAAGCAAAAUUUUCUCUUUUUAUUGUCCUGUUCUUCAACAUACCUUGUUCAACUAUUUGCUUCAACAUACCUAGUCCCAUUAUUUAUUUAUUUGUCAUUAGUUUUAUCUUGUAUUUUUCUUUCAGCCUUUCUUUGCCUUUGAAUUUAAAGAAAAGUAUGGCCAGGAAAAUGGAUGGAGAAUAUAUGAUCCCAUAAAAGAACUAAAAAGAAUGGUAAAUUGAUGGAAGACUGUUGUUGGCUUGAAAAUCAUUUUAACUUAAAGUGUUGAUAAUAAAAUCUAUUAAUGCUUUGAACAUGUAUGCACCACAUUAUCAAUCCCAUAACUUGAACAUAUGCUGGCAGAUUUUUAGUAAAGAAGACUUUUGGUGAGUACCACCCAACAAUGUUCUCUUUUAAUGUUGAUGAAACUAGGAUACUGCAGAAUUCUUUCAGUUAAAAAUAUUAAGAUUGUAAAUGUAAAAAUAGCAUUUUUUAAAUUUAAAAAAAAAAUUAUUUUUUUUACAUCAAAAAAAAUAAUGUAAAAAAAAUUUUAAUAAGAGAAAUAUUGAGGAGGAAGGAAGUCUUAUUGUCAAUGAAAAAUGUAAAUUGUAUGAAGCUAUUACCCUGACAUAUAUAAUGGUCAUUUACAGGGAGUGCCUAAUGAAAGUUGGAAGGUCAGCAAAAUCAAUGAAACUUACCAACUGUGUGACAGCUAUCCAGCAGUGGUAUGGUAUAGUUGAUUUAUUUUCUAUAAAAUAGGUACAGUAAUUUUAAUUUUUAUGAAAAUUUAUUUACCAGAAGCUGAAAUGGUAUGGUGUGUUCUUGGGCUCUGUGUUUUCUUGAAGUGGAACCACUAAAUUCUUAAUGUCCAUUAUAAUUUUAAAAUAAUUUUUUUCCCCUUUCAUUGCAGGAAUAACUUUUAUUAUAAUAGAAAAAAGGGAAAAUUGUACUGAAUUAGGAAUUCAGAGUGCAUAUUAAAAAGGGAACACCAAUAUUACUAUUCUCAUGUUUUUUUCUGUGUCUUAGAUUUUAAUAUCCAUAAUUACAGUUUGCUGUACCAAAGCAAGCAUCAGAUUCUGAUCUCCAAAAAGUAGCUGAAUUCAGGAGCAGACAAAGAAUACCGGUCAGUCUUUUAAAAUUCUAAAACAAUUUUACUAUUUACAAAAAAAUCUAAUAAAUCUUAAUAAAAAUAAAAAUUCUAACUUGAACAAUCCUGUUAGACUUGUUUUUAAAAAUAUAUUUUUUUUAAACAAAUAUUAUUAAAAAAAAGAAAUUCCUUACAUUUAAACACAACGUUAACAUAGCAAGCAAGCCCAUUAUGAACUAUAUUGUAAAGUUUAUAAUGUUUAACUACUCCAAGUUUGGUGAAUGAGGUCCAUUGUUUUCCCAUUUCGGAAUGUUUAAAAAGCCAUACUCAGAUUUCAUAAAAAAAAUGAUUAAAUGAUUCCAGGUAUUAUCAUGGAUUCAUAAAAAUUAUAAAAUUAUUUUAGGUAUUGUCAUGGAUUCAUCCAGAGAGCCAAGCCUCCAUAACACGAUCCUCCCAGCCUUUAGUUGGAAUGACCAGCAAAACAAGCAAGGACGAUGAGCGGUACAUACAGAUGAUCAUGGAUACCAACGCUCAGUCACACAAACUCUACAUCAUGGAUGCCCGGCCAUCAGUAAAUGCCGUUGCCAACAAGGUAAAAUAAAUAUUAUUUGGCUUCUCACUUUGGAAAUUGAAAGUAACAUAAGUAAAUUUAAGUGUUCCUAAAAUGUUAAUAGUGUUAUUGUAUUCAACAAUUUUAACCUGAAGGCUUUAAAAUCAUUAAGUAUUAUUGUAUUUGAAGUAGUGAUGGGAAAGCUAUAUAUGAAAGGUAAAGUUUCUUAUUUUUAUAAAACUUUUUCAUUCUAAAAUAAUAAAUUUCUGAGACAGAAAAACACAUUAGCUGUGUAUUUUUUUAAAAAAAGUGCCCUACAGUUCAACAACGUUGUAAAAAGCGCAUUUACCCAAGGCUUAACAGCCUGAGAAACUAUUUUCAUAAUUAAUUUCAGGCAAGAGGAGGGGGAUUUGAAAGUGAAGAUGCUUAUCAAAAUGCUGAAUUGAUUUUUCUGGAUAUUCAUAACAUUCACGUUAUGAGGGAAAGGUAGGACAUUAGACAUACCACCAUUCAUGCCAUCAGAGGAAAGAAGGCCAUUAAACUUACCAUCCAAAUUAAUUUUUUAUUGGUAAAAUUAAUUCAUUUGAUGAUUAAUAAUUAAUUGAGUUAAUUAUGACGUCCUUCCAGAUUAAAAUAUUUUUUGUUUACAUUUAUCGUGUAACAUUAUUAUAAUUCUAAGUAACAUUUUCCAUGCAGUUUGCGUAAGUUAAAGGAAGUUUGUUUCCCAACAAUUGACGAUGCUCACUGGCUUUCAAACAUUGAAUCAACACAUUGGUUAGAGCAUAUUAAAGUAAGUGCUGUAAAAAAUGUUACUGAAGGGGUAUUGAGUAACAUAAAUAUUUAUAAACAAUUAAACUUAUACUAUUAUUAUAAAAUAACUAGAAGAUAUGACCUGGGGUUAUAAAUAAUGGCAUAUUGCGCUACAUUCUACCUGCUAUUGGAAAUUCUCAACAUCUAUGAAUCCAAUUUUUAAGCACUUAACCAAAUCGAGUUUUGAUGUAUUUUAUCAAAAGAAAAAUUGACCAUUUUCCAUGCGGGUGAAAUGAUAAACAACUUAAGCGGUGGAUAGAGCACUACUUGGAAAUAUACGCAACGAUAAUCCAAGUCUCAACCACUGCCCUGGACGAUAUCCCAGACUUGCCGGUCAUGGAGGAGCUUGAUACCCUACCCACAAUAGAAGAGCUACGUAGAGCCAUCGAUUGUCUCGCCAGUGGGAAAGCCCCGGGCAAUGAUGGUAUCCCACCAGAAGCUCUCAAAUGUGGAAAAGGAGUACUAUUACGGCCCUUGAACGAUCUCCUUACUCUGUGCUGGGAACAGAGACAGCUACCACAAGAGUUGAAAGAUGCAAACAUCGUUACAUUGUACAAAAAUAAAGGAGACAAGAGUGACUGCAACAACUAUCGUGGAAUCUCCCUCCUCAGCAUAGUUGGAAAGGCUUUCGCCCGAGUUGCAUUAACACGCCUACAGACCCUAGCAUCGCGUGUACUCCCAAUGUAAACCAAUCGCAAUGUGGUUUUCGCGCCGGUAGGUCAACCAUAGACAUGAUCUUCUCUCUGGGCCAGCUGCAGGAGAAGUGCAGGGAGCAACAUAUGCCUUUAUACAUUGCGUUUGUCGACCUCACUAAGGCUUUUGAUCUUGUCAGCAGAAGCGGCCUGUUUCAGAUCCUCAAAAAGAUAGGCUGCCCUACACGACUGCUUAACAUCAUCAAGCAGUUCCACGAAAACAUGCAGGGCACAGUGUGCUAUAACGGUGCCGCCUCAGAAGCUUUUCCAGUGAGUAGUGGAGUAAAGCAAGGUUGCGUGCUGGCUCCUACUUUAUUUGCAAUCUUUUUCUCCAUCCUACUCCAGUAUGCCUUUCAGAACAACAGCGAGGGGAUAUACAUCCACACUAGAGAUGACGGCAAAUUAUUCAACAUUGCCCGCCUUAGAGCUAAGACUAAAACAAGAAAGGUCUUGCUGCGGGAGUUCUUGUUUGCGGACGAUGCCGCUUUGGUAUCUCACACAGCUGACGGCCUGCAGAGCCUCGUAUCCAGCCUAUCCGCUGCCUGCAAAGAGUUUGGCCUGACAAUUAGCCUAAAGAAAACUAACAUUAUGGCACAGGGCGCUGACUCCCUCCCCACUAUCGCCAUCGACGACUACGACUUGGAUACUGUUGACAGAUUCACAUAUCUGGGAUCCAACAUAUCGAGCACCCUCUCAAUGGAGGAUGAGAUAAGUGGGAGGAUAGGGAAGGCCGCAACUGUUAUGGCCAGACUGAAGGAAAGAGUCUGGUCAAACGCCAAACUCACAACAAGAACUAAGCUGCAGGUGUACCAGGCCUGCGUACUGAGCACACUUCUGUAUGGAUGCGAGUCGUGGACCACAUACUCUAAACACGAAAGAAGGCUCAAUGGCUUCCACCUCAGAUGCCUGCGCCACAUCCUUGACAUUAAAUGGCAAGACAAAGUCCCCAACACGGAUGUCCUGUCCCAAACAAACAUGUGUAGCGUCCCAGCCAUGUUAAUCCAAAGACGCCUCCGCUGGCUUGGACACGUCAAGCGAAUGCAAUCUGGUCGCAUACCAAAGGACGUGCUAUACAGCGAGCUGGCGACAGGGAAAAGGUCAGUUGGACGGCCUCGUCUGAGAUACUUAGACAUAUGCAAAAGAGACAUGAAGUCGGCCAACAUCGACAUCUCAAACUGGGAGGAGCUGGCAGAGGAUCGAUCCUCAUGGCAGGGCAUCGUGAAGGCAGGAUCACUACAUGCCGAGGAUCAAAACAGGGCGGAAACAGCUGCAAAAAGAGCGAGGAGGAAGGCCGGUAAAUACUGCUCCACCGCAUUCGUGUGUGGGAAAUGUAACAGAGACUGCCAUUCAAGGAUUGGUCUCACCAGCCACACCAAGAGCUGCAAGCUAUAAAGAUAAUCUAUCGUCUCCCGCAGACGGAAAAAUGCCAUACUUGAAAUGUUUAUUUGGAAAUAGUAAAUCAGACUUUCCUUAUUUUGAAGGAAGUAUCUAUUUAUAGAUGUUUACAUUUCUGACCUCCAUUGGUUUUGUAAAUUUCUAUAUUUUAUACAAUAUAGGCCUAGCCAAGUCUUUUCACCCCCCUGAACUGCAAAGAAAACAUGUUUUAAAAAAAACACAACAUACACUUACCAGUUAAAACUUCAGGAACAUUUACCAUUUAUCAUUUAAAACAUCUGUAAGAUUUACCAUUUAAAACAUAAUUAAUGGAUUGUGAUGUAUUGGUAUCUUCAUUGAAAAUUUACCCAACAUCGGGACAUGGUAAAACACAGAAUUCUUAUAUCUAAAUAAAAGACCUCUUAACCAAUUCUCAAGUUUGUGAGAGUCUUGUGUUUUUUAGAAAUAUUAUUAAGCUGGUUAAGUCCAUCUCUACGUCAUCAAACCAUCUGAGACUAGUGAGCAGUUUCUCCCAUGUUUCUGACUGCAGAUCACUUUUGCUGCUCUACAAUCUGGCAUCUUCUUAAGGUGUCCUGUCCAGCGCAAUCAACCUUUAUUAAUUGUUGCAACUAUUGUUGGAUCUUCGUAAAAUUGAUAUAUCUCUUGGUUUCUACGGACUAUCCAUUCAUCAUUGUCUAUCACAGAACCAUAUAUUUUCCUGAGGAUUUUCCUCUCCCAUGUGUUGAGCAAGUUCUCUGGUUUUCUGAUAAAGGACCAAGUCUCACUUGCGUAAAAUAAAACUGGUUUUAUAAUAGUAGCGUUUAUUGCCUUGUUUGUUCUCCUUGAAAGGUUUUAGCUUUCUAGUAGUUUUUAUGGUCUGAAAUAAGAGUGUUUGCCUGCUGUUAUCCUUUCUUUCAUCUCCAAAAUUAUUUCAUUUAUGGUAGCUUAUAGAUAUUUGAAAGUAGCUACUCUCUCAAAGUUGUGGUUGCUAAUGCUUAUUCUGAUUAUGUCACAAGUAGAGACCGACCGAAAGUGAUUUUCUGAUUUUGGCCGAAACCGAAAAAAGGCCGAAAGUUAAAAAUGACUUUCGAACGAAAAUGAAAUAUUUAGAUAUUUUGAAAUUUGUUCCCGCAUACAUUCUGCAUACAUCGAAAAUAAUGGGGGAAAGUAUAAAUAUUUACAUUCUUUUUAUAAAAAUUGAGAUUUUCGUGAAUAUUAAUAAAUAAACAUCUAAUAUAGGGGUCUCAAACUCGCGGCCCGCGAGCCAUUUGUGACCCGCAAGACGAUAUUUUGCGGCCCGCUACAUGACAGAAAAGUUUAGUGUAAAUGCGCCGGCACAUUUUCCCCAUUCUCAUAUCUAUAAAAUGUUAAAUGUUUUUUUUUAUUUUUGUAUGAUGAUUAUAAUGGUAAGAACCUUUUUAAAAUCAUAAUAAAAGUUUUUAUUUUAUAGCUUUUUAUGAGACAAACAUGGCAAAGAGUGCGGCUUUGAGAAAAGUUUUUUAAAGUAAGUUGGCGGGUAACGCACAACCAUAAUUGGGUAAAACGUAGCAAUGUGAUACAUCAUCAAAGGAUCCAUAUUAAAAUUGCCGCUAGUGUUUAUGAGUGAGGUAAAUUCCGAGCCUGUCAGCUUGGUCACUUUCUAAAUCAUCUUUUUCUUAUGCCUUUUAACCCAGUCUGGGUCUCUACAUUUUUAGACUUUAAAACACAGACAGCCACUUUUCAGCUUUUUGCUGACCCUUUCUCCAUUAAUGUGCAAGAUCCCCCGCGCGAGGAGCUGAAUGGAAAAACAGACAAGCAUGGAAAUUUUAUUGCAUUGCCCUCCACCUUCCCUGAAAUUUUUAAGUUGUGCAAGCGGAUCAUACGACUUUUUGGGCGUACCUAUCUGUGUGAAUAGCUCUUUUCCAUUAUGCACUUUAACAAGUCAAAGUUCAGGGCCAAACUUACUGAUGAGGAUCUUCAAGCUAUACUGAGAGUCUUAGUUGCUUCCUCACUCAAGCCAAAGUUGCUCAGCUGUGUAAAAAGAAGCGCUGCCAGGUCUCUGGCAACAGUGAGUAGGUGGAAGAAAGUGAAGCCAAGUUCUUGAGGACACUCAAUGUUUUUAUUGUUAUUUAUAAAGUUUGAGCAGAUUGUAACAGUUGUAAUCUUUUUGUGUGGAAUACUUGAUGUGGCCCAGUUUCACUCAGACACUACCUCCUGCGGCCCCCUUGAUGAUUUGAGUUUGAGACCCUUGGUCUAAUGAAUACUUUGGAUUUUACCAUUUUAAUAUAAAAGUAAUGUAAAUUGCAUUGCUUUACAAUUUUUGAAAAAANAUAGAAAAAGGGGGGGGGGGGGGGGGGGGGGGGAGAGGAAUAAAUGCAAAAUAGACUCUUGAGUGCCUUUGCUUUUUAUAAUAUAAUUUCUACCUAGAACAUAUACCUCUAAUAGAGCCAAUUGCCAACUAAAUAUAUGUUAUUGAGGCUAUAAAAAUAUCACCACAAUGUUUCGCUGUUUUCGUAAUACUAAUGCUUUGUGUUUUCAUUAAUAGCUUGCAAGAUAUCACUGUAUUAAUAUUCAACCUAGUAACAACACACUAGUCUUUCCGCGCUGGUGACGUAAUUAUUUGGUUGGGAGACUACCUCCCUCACCCCCAUUGGUGGUGAAAAUUAUUUUUUUAAACCGGGUCUCUCAAAAUUGUUGCUCUGAUCAUGGUUCUGAAAGAUCGCUUUAUAUGUUUUUAAAUAUCGUUUAGUUUGUUCUUAACGACUGCUUUAUUUGCUCUUAAAGAUCAUUUAGUUUUUUCUUAAAGAUUGUUAAGUUUGUUCUCAAAGAUCAUUUAGUUUGUUCAAAAAAGAUUGCAAAGUUUUUUCAUAAAGAUCGCUUAGUUUGUUCUUAAAGAUCAUUGAUUUUAUCCUAAAAUAUCGCUUAGUUGUUCUUAAAGAUCAUUCAGUUUGUUCUUAAAGAUCAUUUAGUUUGUUUUUAUAGAUCUUUUAGUUUGUUAUUAAAAAUCGUUUAGUUUGUUCUUAAAGAUCGCUUAUUUUGUUGUUGAAGAUUGCUUAGUUUUUUUCAUAAAGAUCGCUUAGUUUUUUCUUAAAGAUAAUUGAUUUUGUUCCUUAAAAUAGAUUAGUUUGUUCUUAAAGAUCUUUUAGUUUGUUCCCAAAGAACAUUUGGUUUUCUGUUAAAGAUAAGUUAGUUUAUUCUUAUAAAUCAUUUAGUUUACUAUUAAAGAUCAUUUGUUUUGUCCUUAAAGAUCAUUUAGUUCAUCAUUCUUAAAAAUCGUUUAGUUUGUUCGUUAAGAUCGUUUAGUUUGUUAUUAAAGAUCAUUUAGUUUGUUCUCAAAGAUUGCUUAAUUUGUUCUUAAAGAUGGCUUUAUUUGUUUUUAAAGAUCGCUUAAUUUGUUUUUAAAGGUCGUUUAGUUUGUUCUUAAAGAUCGCUUAAUUUGUUCUUAAAAAUCGUUUAGUUUGUUCUUAGAUUUCGCUUUGUUUGUUGUUAAAUAUCGUCUAGUUUGUUCUCAAAGAUCGCUUAAUUUGUUCUUAAAGAUUGCUUUAUUUGUUUUUAAAGGUCGUUUAGUUUGUUCUUAAAGAUCACUUAAUUUGUUCAUAAAAAUCGUUCAGUUUGUUCUUAAAUGUCACUUAGUUUGUUGUUAAAUAUCGCUUUCGCUGAGUAUUAGAUGACUGAAAACCUCAGGCACUUUCGGCCGGAUAGUCUAAGUUAAUUUCGGCCGUAACCGAAAAAAACAAAGUUAACUUUUCUCUUUCAGCCGAAGCCAAAAUUUAGCCGAAAGUUAACUUUUCAGUUUCGGCUGAAACUGAAACUUGGCCGAAAGUGAUAAAAUGGCCACUUUUGUCAUCGAAGCCGAAAUUCGGUCGGUCUAUAGUCACAAGUAUGUGUUUUGUGACCUUACCAUAUAUUUUGUCCUUGCUUCACUUACCUCAAGUCCAGUUUUAACUGAGGCAUCUUCAAUUUCCUUGAAUCUUUAAUUAUAUCUUUGCAUUUUCUGCCCAAUUGCGCUGUGUCGUUCACAUAUGCCAGUUACUGCAAUGUUCAGCUAAAUAAAGUUCCUGAUGGUUUUGGUUUUGUAUUUAAAGAUAAAGUCAUCCACAUAAGAACGUACAUACUCUCUUUGCUCCCCCUGAAAUAUGUUUUAUGAAGAAGGUUAAAUACAUCUACAUACCAAGUUCCGGUGCGUAAAAGAUUUGGGUUUUGCGAUAUUGAUAUAGUUAUAAAAUAUUUAAUUCCCUGCUUUGGCUGUCUUGUGCUUCCUGGGGAAAAUCCUACAUCACAGAUCUUCCCCCUCCUCCCCCCCCCCCUUUUUUUUACACACACAAAUAUGUUAUUAAUUGUGUUCAUAAUCAUUGCUAAAAGCACGACUGAAUAAAAAUUUGCAUACUGUCAGGUGCACUUUUGGGACAUUUAUUUUUCAGGCUAUUGAACAGAGCCUAACACUAUGAUAUUGGCUUAUUCUUAGAUAUAUAAGAUAAUUCUGUUUAAUUUAUCAUUUUGAAGGAAACAAUAGACAAUUUGUUAUUUUGCAUACUUAGAAAAAUUUCAAUUCAUUUCAGAUUAUCAUUGCUGGAGCUUUAAAAAUUGCAGACAAAGUAGAAAGCAAUAAAACAUCGGUUCUAGUUCAUUGUAGUGAUGGGUGGGACAGGACUGCCCAGGUACGUUUUAUCAAGAAAUAUAUAAUUUAUUAAUUGUGUUUGUAAUACAAGCCUAGUCCUUCAAAAAGGAACGCUUGAGGCUGUGUAUGUGAGGACUUCACUUAUUGUGGCCUGUCAUCCAGCACCUCCCCAAGUUGUGUAUAGGGGAACACCCAACAGGUGCGGGAGUUGCUAUCUGAGCAAACCAAAAUUUUCUGCUGAUGCCUUUGAUAUUGUUAUGAUAUUGUCCAGAGAGCUGCGGUGAUUUUUGACCUCCAGAUUGUAGUGUGCUGGACUAAUGACCCAGUCACCAUGGCUUUUAUUUCAAAAACAAAUUUCAAAGGGCAAGUUGGUCAUGAUUUGAAACUUUGAUUGAUGGAUCUUUUAGUGUCUUUAUGGUUGUCUGAAGCCUAGAGAAGCAUUGAUUUAUCCACUGUUUAGAACCAUGUUUCAUAACUCUGUUUUCAGCUGACAUCCCUUGCUAUGUUGAUGCUGGACCCCUACUAUAGAACGAUUCGUGGCUUUGAGGUUCUCAUUGAGCAGGAAUGGCUGAGUUUUGGUCACAAAUUUAAGACUGUAAGUCACGUUCCCAGAUUGUGUCUGUGUGAUGGAAUCAUUAAUUUUGUCUAUUUCUGUUAACGGUUGUUUGCCUUACAAUGUGCAUUGUAUGAUUUCUAAUGUUGUUUCCUUUUCUAGCGAGUUGGUCAUGGAGAAGAUAAACAUUCUGAUGCCGAUAGAUCACCCGUGUUCCUACAGUUUGUGGACUGUGUUUGGCAGAUGACACAGCAGGUAAUAGUUGGAAAAUGUUUUUAAAGGGCCUCAAAAUGCAUGUCAACAUUAAUUCCCUCAAACUGCAAUGGUGAUAAUGAGUGGUCAAAGGUUAAAACUUCGUCAUUUUAAUAUGGCUUUAAAUAGAAGAGUUUGAUGGCCGAUUUUUACAAUGAAUUUCCCCAAAGACAAAGUAAGAAAUGAAUGGACACAAGAAAGAUAUGAACCUUUCAAAGUUUGAGAAAGAUUUGUCAACUCUUGAACCAAUCAGAAUUCUUUGAAAACAUCUGCACAUUGCUGGGAUUCAAAAGAAAAAUAUAUAAGCUAAAUUAAAAACAUUAAGUUCGAUUUUAAUUUUAUUAGUUGCCUUUAGAAAUUUAAUUGGAUGGAGCUCAAUGUGUAAUAGUUGCUCAAUUUCCUGGCCUGCACAGCUUAUGUUAGUCUCCAUAAUAUUUCAAGUUGAUCAGUACAUAACAAUGUAAUAUCAAUUUUUAUAUUAGCGCAGCGUAACAAGAUCCUUUUCUUUUGUUUAAAGUUUCCCAAUGCAUUUGAAUUCAAUGAGCACUUCCUGAUUACCAUACUGGACCACUUGUACAGCUGCUUAUUUGGCACUUUCCUCUACAAUUGUGAGAGGGAGAGAAUCAAAGAGGUAAGUCAUUUUUGGUUUUUCAUUAUUUAGUGCAGUAAUUUCAAUUCCUGACACAAUGAAGCUGUCAGCAGCAAAUGAAGAUAAAACUACUGACUGAACCUAAGCUGUCAGCAGCAAACAAGAUAAAAGUAUUGACUGAAGCUAAGCUGUCAGCACCAAAUGAAGAUAAAACUAUUAACUGAAACUAAGCUGUCAGCAGCAAAUGAAGAUAAAACUUUUAACUGAACCUAAGCUGUCAGCAGCAAAUGAAGAUAAAGCUAUUGACUGAACCUAAGCUGUCGGCAGCAAAUUAAGAUAAAACUGUUGACAUUCAGUACAUGUCAUUCUAUAAAAUGUGUUAGCGAUCUUGUUUUUUAACAUUUUCCCAGCGUGUUCCGGAAUUGACCGUGUCACUGUGGUCAUUCAUCAAUUGCCAGCAGGAAGAGUUCACCAAUCCUCUGUACGUAGCUCACAUCCACAACAAUGUUUUGUUUCCUGUGGCCAGUGUGAGACGAAUGGAGGUCUGGACAGGCUACUAUUGCCGCUGGAAUCCCAGGUUUAAACCACAGGUAACCUUUCAUAACCCUCACUCUUUUUAGUUUUUGUAUCAUAAGAGUAAGAGGUCCUCACUGGAUGAAGAUAGUGGCACAGUGGCACAUCUCUAAUGAUCGAUGGUCCAAAAUAAUGUACAUCAAUUAGUGACUAAUGAGUGUUCCCUGGGCCAUGACAAGUUCACUGGGCCAUGGCAAGUUCUCUGGGCCAUGAUGGCAAGUUCCCUAGGCCAUGAUGGCAAGUUCCCUAGGCCACGGCAAAUACUUUUGAAACAACAGAGUUCCAAGGAAAACUUGAUUGUUGACAAGAGGGAAUUUAAUUAUUUGAAAAUCAACAACUACUACUAUGGUAUUGAUUGAUUAGUGCAUACAUUUAUAUCACCACAGAUUAUUGUCUAUUAAUAGUUGACAUUUCUUUUGAUUGAAACUAUUUGUGUGUAUAUAUAUAUAGGAGCCAAUUCACAUUCGCAAUCGUGAGCUUCUAGUACUGAAAAUACAACUCCAAAGAAAGGUAGAAGAACUGCAGAGGGAACUAGCAAGUCGCAACGCAAGAAUCAACCUUCAGCCAUCACCCCCUAGAGUUUCUACACCCAUUAAUUUAUAACAGAAAACUACACAUUCUAAACCUAUUAGCUGACUGUGAAUUGACUUAUGCAAUAAAUUAAUUAUAUAAAUACGUACAAAGUUGGCUGUGUAUGGUGUUUGUGCUGCACUUUGUUAGAUGUCAGCUGAAAUAUUUUGUGUAACUGAUGUCAUGAUAUGUAAUUGCAAAUAUAUUUCUUGUAACUUUUGCACGGCAUGUUUGUUUAUGGAGGCUUUUAGAUUUUUUAAAUUUUGAAUGGCAGAAGUAAAACAAGAUGUUUUUUAUCAUCAAUACUUUUGUUAUUUCCCUAGUCAUGGAUACUGGAACAAAUCUUAUAGCCUUCUUCUUUUAAAUUUAAAACAUUUUCGUCUUCUGACAAACAAUGUCAUGUACAUUUAGAAUAUUCAGACAUUAAGUAAACAUUUUGCUUUAUCUCACUACAAAUGUGAAGGAAUUUCUUACAGUUGGCAUACAGUACCAAAAAUUGUCAUUUGGACCUUCUUCACUUACAACUUACACAGCAAAUUGCAUUUUCAAACAUUUAAUUCCUUUAUGAGUAGAUAUUGUUGCGUGACGACAAUGGUAAAAAUUAUCAGCUUAGCAUUCCCAGAAAAAAUAGGUUCAAGGGUAAGCAUCCAUACCACAAAUGUUUGCACUGGUUUGAAAGGCAAACUGGAAUGUCCUACUAUUGUGCAUUUAGUAUAUUGUAGUUUGUGCAUGUUAACAGUUAUGGGUGCAGUGCUUGGUGCUUUGACUUACUUCACUGUCCACCAUCCUCCCAAAUAAAAAAAUUAUAGUGAUCUUGUCUGAAGUAUGCCUAUGCAUUUCUUAACCAAUGAAAAUGUACUUAUGAAAUUUUGCUUUUACUGACGUUAAAUAGCUGUGGAUUUUGAAACAAUUAAAUGUCAAUUUCUUUUUAAAUGUUUUUGUUGGUUGUUAAUAUAUACACAGUAAAAUAGUGUUUUUUUACAGCCAUUUAAAAAAAUAUUAUUUUGCCAAUUCAAAAGUUAGUUUUUCUUAGCUUCAGCCACCACUUAAGUUGUAAAUAGAAAGAUUAUGUAAGAUGCCCAAUAAAACCACUUUUUACCACUUUGUUA